GUGAGAUAGUCACAGUUCUACAGUGAACAGGGAAAGAUCUAACAACCAUUUCAACUCCGUGUCCGCGUGGAAUGAUUGCUCCAGCCUUCUGAGAGAGACAUCUUAUUUUCAUUGAAGCGACUGGUGGAGAAGAAGGAAAUCCCGAUUCUGCUCUCUAAGCCUCGCUACUUCACUCACUUUGACUGAUAUUAUUACUGCACUUCGUGGAGGUACAGGCAACCCGAGUUUACGUGUAGUAGGCUAUAGUCUAAUUCUUAGAAUUUCCUCUUUUUAUGUGCUAAUAACCUCACACAACGCGUUAAUUCAUAUCUGGCAUCGUUUUUGAAAUUACUUUUGUAGCCUAUAGCAAACUUUUUUUUUUACAAAUAUCGGACCUACUGUUUUUUUUGCCGAGGGGGGGAAUAUCACUGUAUAUCAUAAUUUCACUUCGGUUUUUUGGAUGCACCGAUGAGAGAUCCAGUUUUCACAGGGACUGCCAUGGCUUAUCACCCUUUCCACGCUCACCGUCCGACCGACUUCCCCAUGUCAGCUUUCCUAGCGGCGGCGCAGCCCUCUUUCUUCCCCACGCUCACUCUGCCUCCUGGGGCACUCACUAAGCCUAUGUCGGACCAUCUUGUUGGAGCCGCGGAAGCAGGGCUCCACCCGGCUCUCAGCCACCACCAUCAGGCGGCUCAUCUCCGCAGCCUGAAGAGUCUGGAGCCAGAGGAAGAGGUGGAGGACGACCCCAAAGUCACACUGGAGGCCAAGGAUCUAUGGGACCAGUUUCACAAAAUAGGAACAGAGAUGGUCAUUACCAAAUCUGGAAGGAGAAUGUUUCCUCCGUUUAAAGUCAGAAUAAAUGGGCUUGAUAAAAAAGCCAAGUACAUUCUAUUAAUGGAUAUUGUCGCUGCGGACGACUGCCGUUACAAGUUCCACAAUUCUCGCUGGAUGGUAGCGGGAAAGGCCGAUCCCGAGAUGCCUAAGAGAAUGUACAUUCACCCGGAUAGCCCGGCUACGGGAGAGCAGUGGAUGGCCAAGCCUGUUGCUUUCCAUAAACUGAAGCUGACCAACAAUAUCUCGGACAAGCAUGGAUUUGUAAGUACUACUAUUCUUAAUUCCAUGCACAAAUAUCAGCCCAGGUUUCAUAUCGUGAGAGCCAACGAUAUCCUGAAGCUGCCCUACAGCACGUUCAGGACGUAUGUGUUUCCAGAGACAGAUUUCAUAGCUGUCACAGCUUAUCAAAACGACAAGAUUACACAACUGAAAAUUGAUAAUAACCCCUUUGCGAAAGGAUUUAGAGACACUGGAAAUGGAAGGAGAGAGAAAAGGGAACCGUUCAACUCUAGGAAACAGUUGACCCUUCCCUCCCUGCGGAUGUAUGAAGACCAAUGCAAAGCUGACCGAGACGGGGGCGACUCGGAUGCUUCCUCUAGCGAACUAACAACCGGCAGAGAUGCUUCGCACUCCCCAAUCGGACCUAAAUCCAGCCCGCUAAGGUUCAGUCGAAUCAGCCGAGAUGAUAAAACCUGUACUGACAGUGAACAAGAACUUGAACACCAGGACGAUCGGUGUACGGCAUCGAACAGCCCUGGUGCCGAGCCACCUUCUCCAUUCAGCCCGAGGUGCGAGGACCGAGUAAAGGAUAAACCUAGUCUUGACAAGAAAGACGACUAUCCCGACUCAAAGAAGACGAACGAGUCCAUUUUUAGUAUAAGGAACCUUGAGAAAGAAGACAAAACGGAGACCAGACACAGGAAAGACACUACGGAUUCGUCUAAAAAGGACACCACAGACAGCGGCGGGAUAAGCGCGAGUAAUGAAGGUUUUUCACCGCUUAUGGUUCAAACCGAGAGUCCCUCACACUUCAGCGCGAGCCACCUGCAGAGCCUGGCCCUGUCAGGCCUGCAAAGUCAGCCGUUUUUUAACCCUUUGAACGCCGGACAAAUGCUAUUUCACCCUGGACAGUUCGCUAUGGGCCCCGGAGCGUUUUCUGCCAUGGGCAUGGGGCAUUUAUUGGCUUCGGUAUCUGGAACAAGUGGUAUGGAAAACGGCAGCCUCUCAGCCCAGGGCACAGGGGGCACUCCGAACCAUUUCCCCUUCCAUCUGUCGCAGCACAUGCUGGCCUCGCAGGGCAUUCCCAUGCCGACCUUUGGAGGCUUGUUUCCUUACCCAUACACAUAUAUGGCUGCUGCUGCAGCCGCGGCCUCCGCCAUGCCUGCUAGCACCACUGCUAGCUCGCUAUCGAGGAAUCCCUUCCUCACCAGCUCGCGUCCCCGGCUUCGGUUCAACCCUUACCAUAUCCCGGUAUCUAUGGCCCAGAGCACAAGUCUGCUCACCACAGGACUGCCAGGUGGCCUAAACCCAGGCUCCGAAUCCUCCAAAUCCGGUAGUAGGGAGACGAGCCCCGUGCCUGAGCACCACAACCACAAAGCAGGCUCGAGUCAUAGGACCAGCUCCCCCAAAUCGAUGAAGGACUCAAUCAAUGAGCUCCAAAAUAUCCAGAGACUUGUAAGCGGACUGGAGAGUCAGAGAGAGACGUGUCCCCCUAGAGACUCUCCUAAUUGAUUUCAAUAUCGGAAUUAAAUAUUUCUUCACGACCUGUCUUGAAAUGUCAGAGGACUUAAUAACAUUAUUUUGUACAGCACAUUACGCAAGGAAGGGCCCAUACAUGCCUACCUUUUUGCGCACAUGGACUGAAAAUGGACGCAGGGAAUGAAGGAGAGAAAACAGUUGCUGUCACUUGUGUUGGUAUAUGCUUUUAAUAAAGGGCCUAAUAGGAAACCUGAUCAUCGAAAUAAUAUGCAAACCAAAUGUGGGAAUUUGAGUUUUAAGGCUGCUGGUUAAAACUUAAGCACACGAUGAGGAUAGGCCCACUAUACAAUGAGGAAAAAUGACUAACAACAUUCUAUAUGCCUGGCACGUUGACGUUAAAAGGAGUUGCAACGUUGUGGCAUUGUUUUCAGGACUGAAGUGACUACUUCUUUAAACUAUAAUCAGUACGCGGGCUUUUGUUUUAUUAAGAGAGGCACUGCAGUAUAAGUACAAACUGUACAGGGCUCUUCAACCCCGAAACCUGGAGGGAACAAAACAUGUUUGUUUUUACCUGGUAGGUACUUGCACUAACCUGGU